AUGCACAUAUUUAAACGGCAUCUGGGCGCGGACGGGAUUUCUCGCGAAGGAGCAGGCUCAAAAAGGUCAGAACGGGUCGAGGAAUCUUCGCAUAAAGUAAGGCAACAAAACAGAAAUCGGAAGCAGAUUCCACUAGUAUAUUCCGAGGGAGGAUCAUAUGAAGUGGCCGAACAAGGAUCAGAAAAUCCCAACAAAGAUAAAGGAAAUGGAAAGGUUAAAAAUCCGAACCAUCCAAACGAAAUAAAUGUUAAUACUCUCGGUACUGAAACAUCUGAGAAAUCCGGGUCUAACAAAGUUAGGAAUGAACCUGAGAAAGAAAGCUCGAACAGACCUGAGAAUGGAGAGUCUACCCAGCCUGGGAAUGGUGAGUCCACCCAGCCUGGGAAUGGAGAGUCUACCCAGCCUGGGAAUGGUGAGUCCACCCAGCCAGCGAAUGGAGGAUCUAGUGAAGGAGGGAAUCAAGGUGAGUCUUAGAACUGAUAAAGCUAUCCAUUAUAUAUAAAGUUAGCUUAGUUUAGAUUUCCUCCUGUAGUGACACUUAAACAACACGCGAUUUCUCUUACUGGACCUCUAGGAAGAACAGUUUAGAACUGAUUGAGUCAUCCAUUACAAGUUGGUUUAGUUAGGUUUCCUCCUGUGGUAACGUUAAAUCAAUCAGAGUUGAUCCUUACUCGACCUCUAUAGGAAGAACAGUUUACUGAUAGAGCUAUUCAAUAUGAAUAAGUUUGGCGUAUUUGGCGUGGCUUAUCAACUUGCAUUCUUAUCAACUUACACCCACAUAUAAAAACGUCUAACAAAAAAUAUUUUUUCCUUUCAACAGAAGAACUUGAACCUCUUCCAAGCUUCGAGAAAUUUCAGUCAGGGGAGGUUAGCGACGAAAAGUCCUAUAAAAUAAACGAUGACUGCAAUGCUACCGUUAAAAACAUUGAAAAACUUUACCAAAUUGGUGCAAGCCCCCCUGAUUGUAUAAACCUUAAAAUGUUACUGGAAAAGGUCUUACCUAAAGACAAAACUAACUUUGAAUCGACCACUUUCAUGGCCCUGGAGCAUAUUAUUAUUCGGUCUGUAUCGUUGAAUACCGCCACAAAAGGAGUUGAAAUCGCAGCAGCUUAUACCGGCACAGCAACGCUUAUCAAGGAUAUUCUCACCGUUUCUAAUAUUCGUGUGGAGCUGUCAUUCGUCUGGACUCGGUCACAGAAAUUUACUUUCGAUCUUGCUGCAACGUUUUCAAUCGGGAGCGCACCAAUUGAUAUGAGAUUGAUCCGCAAUGACAAAGGUAAAUGAUUUCUAUGUUAAAGUCUUUGAGCAAUAGAGUUCUUCUAUCUGUGUUAAGGCCAGUUAAACCACCACCAUCGUAUAACCACCAUCAUCAUAUAGCCACCAUCAUGUAACCACCAUCAUCGUAUAACCACCAUCGUCAUAUAACCAUCAUUAUGGAACCAUCAUCAUAUAACCACCAUCAUCGUAUAGCCACCAUCAUCAUAUAGCCACGAUCAUUAUGUAACCACCAUCAUGUAACCACCAUCGUAUAAUCACCAUCAUCAUAUUGCCACGGUCAUUAUGUAACCACCAUCAUGUAACCACCAUCGUAUAAUCACCAUCAUUAUAUAGCCACCACCUUCAUGUAACCACCAUGAUCGUAUAACCACCAUCAUCAUGUAACCACCAUCAUUGUAUAACCACCAUCAUGUAACCACCAUCAUCGUGUAACCACCAUCAUCAUGUAACCACCAUCAUCAUGUAGCCACCAUCAUCAUGUAACCACCAUCAUCGUAUAACCACCAUCUUCGUAUAACCACCAUCGUCAUAUAGCCAUCAUCAUCGUAUAACCAUCAUCAUCGUAUAACCACCAUCAUCGUAUAACCACCAUCAUCGUAUAACCACCAUCAUCAUGUAACCACCAUCAUCAUGUAACCACCAUCAUUGUAUAACCACCAUCAUCAUGUAGCCACAUCAUCAUGUAACCACCAUCAUCAUAUAACCACCAUCAUCAUCAUGUAACCACCUUCAUCGUAUAACCACCAUCAUCGUAUAGCCACCAUCAUCAUGUUACCACCACCAUCAUAUAACCACCAUCCAGGUUUUUAAUCUGUCCAUUCACCAACGGUCAAGCCACUCUAACAAAAAUGACACAAACUAUUUCUUGUCAUUCUAAGGCUACUACUUCACGGCUGACGCAAAGGAUAAUUUAACUGCCGCAACAAUCAGUCGCAUGUUCAAACGAGAAGUUUCGUUCCUACCAGCGCACUGCCUGCAAAGCGACCUGAAGAAGGCAAACUUCGACAAAUUCGUAUUGAUAAAGCCUCGCCUACGAGCUACAUUUGCCGACGGGUAUGGCUUCCUGUUUGGUGGGUCCAUUCGAAUUCUGGAUUGGGAUCCUUUUGAAGUCAACGUACUCUUCAACAAGCCCAACGAUUUACCAACGACUGUCACAAUUGCUGUCUAUACCAAGAGCUUUUCGAUCUCGAAAUUGCUCGAAGAUCUUUUUGAAAUAGAUAUAAGCGAAAUUCCAGUUUUGGGCAGCGUUGAAGUGCGAAAUCUUGCCUUCUCUUUGUCCACGGGUGAUGUUUAUACGCCAGUGAGGGUAUUGGAUAUUGGCUCGGAAUACAUAUUUGAUAUACCGUAUCGUAAAGGACUGAAGGUAAUAUAAUAAAAACAAUAGAGCCCUCCAAGGCAUUUUUUUAAUACCAUGGACUGGUGGGGCAUUUGCCCCACUGGGCACCUUCCUCUGCCCCACCACUGAAGAAAAAGAAUGGCCUAUUACCCCAAAGCCAGGGCCCUAGGAUCUGAUCGUAUUGAGUAAAUAGGUUUAACAUUGAAAAGAAGUUUAAAAAACAAAAUUUGUUGGUGAACAUACUUAAACUUAUGUUGUGUUUGAAUGUUUAGAGUGUUUAGCAUGCAAUUUAUUACAAAUUUCACCAUUAAAGCUUUGUUUUGAGAAGCUGAGAUUUUUUUAAAAUGUGUUCUUAGAAUGCAGAAAAUGCUAUUUCAGAGACCCAAAUAGGUCUAGAUAGGGAGAAAUUGGCCCCGUUCUCAUUGGAUUUUUAACAAUAUUUUACUUCAUGCUUGUGAUGUUCCUCUGAGUGUAUAUCCACACCGAUCAAGCUUAGAAUAUGCCUGGCCACGGUGGGAAUCGAACUUACGACCUUUGGAAUACCAGCCCAAUACUCUGCCAACUGAGCUACGCGGUCAGGACGUCAAGUUGGCAAAGCAUUGUGCUAGUAUUCCAAAGGUCGUAGGUUCGAUUCCCACCGUGGCCAGGCAUAUUUUUCAAGCUUGCCCGGUGUGGAUAUACACUCAGAGUAACAUCACAAGCAUCGUAUUCACCUGAGUACAUUACACCAACACAAAGAAAAAAUUAAUCUUUCACUCUUUAGUUUUACCCUUUUUCGGUGGCUGACCGGGUUCUGAUCGACUUGUAAAACAUAACCUCUGGUCUCCCUUACAGGUUUCCUUCGAAAUUCCUAUCGCAGAGAUGUACGUCGCAACUUCGAUUUUCAUUUCCCAAACUCUCAUAACUCUCACGAUUCCGCAAAGCGGCGAACUCAACCUCGGUCAUGUUAUACGCGAAUUCUUGCCUAACAGCAACCUCAUCGUAACAACAGGAAGCGAAACAAAACUUAAGAAUUGGCCACCAUUUAUUCCCGAUCCACUGUCGAUUGCGCUGGAGUAUUUCCAUUUGGAAGCCACCAAACCGACCGGUAGUUGGGCUUUAACGAAAAUGAACAUGGAACUUAAGAUGGCGGAUGUACUUUCCCUGUUUGAUAAUAAAAUCAACAUCAACAAUCUUGAGUUGGACCUGAACUAUGUAAAAGGAAAAGACACUUCCUCGACCAAAGGCGUUAUCUUAGGACGCGUUGCCUUGGGUCCCGAAACUAGUCAGUCCCCCAGAGUCGACGUCCGUAUUCCGUUUCCGUUUAAAAAUAAUGAGAUAUCCUUCACCUUUACUGACUUUAAUGUUAAAAGUGUCGUCGAAGCCUUGGCGGGUCCUAACGUUUUCCCGAAAGAUUUUCCGGAGCUAUUUGAACAUAUAGAAUUAGAUAAAAUUGCUCUAGCAUUUGAUGAUAAGGGAUCGGUUAAAACCGUUUCGGUAGAUGCUAGUAUACCAGGACUAUGGCGUAUUUUUGGACAGUUUUCGAUAGGGAAUGUGGGAAUACAUUUUGAGUAUGGAAAGAAGACGUCUAGUGGUGGUGACGGUGAUGGUACUGAUACUGGUACUGAUGGUGAUGGUACUGGUGGUGACGGUGCUAGUGGUGAUGGCACUGGUGGUGAUGCUGUUCGUAUUUCUGACAGUUUAAACACGAAUCUUUUACACACUGGCGAAUCCACCACCCAAAGCACGUGGCGUCUUGUAGUGAGAGGGCAAUUGUCAUUGCAACAUGCACAAUUACGAUAG